GCUUAAUUUAUUCCACAAAAGAGUAAAAGAAGCAGACACCAACACUUUGAACAUCGAAAUUUCCGGCGCAGAACACCGUAUGAUGGCAACCAACAAUUCCGAAGUCUAUCACGAAAGGCAAAGAUUGCAGUUCUGUCUCGUUCAUUCUCUCAACUCCCUUUUUCAGCAAAAAGAUGCUUUUACUAGAGCAAAAUUGAAUGAAAUUUCUGAAAGACUCGCACUUCAAGACUCCAACACAGAAACGUGGACCCCAUUCUCUUUUAUAUUCAAGCCCCAUCACAAUGUUAUCACGGGAAACUAUGACGUAAAUGUUCUAAUUGCGGCUUUGGAAGAGAAAGGAAAGAGUGUGGAGUGGCACGAUCGUAGAAAGGGGGCAUCUUGCAUUGAUCUUGAUGCACCUGUUUUGAUGGGGAUUGUAGUCAAUGUGUCAGCGUCUAGGUUUGGUGGGAUUUGGAGAAGUAGGCACUGGAUUGCAUUGAGGAAGAUUAAUGGGGUUUGGUUUAACUUGGACAGUGACCUUGACGCCCCUCAACCUUUUCUUGAUGCACAUGAAGUAAGGGAGUUCUUAGAUUUUACAUUGGCACAACGAGGGGAGGUUUUGAUUGUCUUGAAUGAGAAACAGUCAGAGAGUCCUAUAAAUGGUUGUUCCUCACUCACAUAUGAAACUCCUCAUUCCACAAUUCCCACCUCUCUAAAGAUUCUGCUUCCAAAGUCUCCCCUACAAUCCCUCUCAACUUUAUAUAACAUCAUCAUUGCUCUCUCUCCUAAUGCUAUCAUCAUUCAAACAGGAAUAAGCAACAGAAUGAGUCACAGUGGCUACAUCAAUGAAAAAACAGGCUUGUCCUUGAGACAGAAUUCUAGCAGGAAAUCAACCAGAAAUGGACAAGUGAAGAGUUGCAUGUUCAGGAUUCCUUGGCAGUCUGAGACCUCUCCCGUUGAACUUGUGAAGGAUCUUGCAGAAAGAGUAACUAAUGCUCUACGCUUGAUGUCUUCAAGGAGAUCUUUACACCGAGGCUCUUCUUCCCUAACAAGAUCAAAAUCAGCAGGCUCCUCUGUUGAUUCUCAUAGAACUGCUGCUGUUGAAGACUGCAUUGAGUUCAUCCACUCUUCUUUUUCAAGAUCAAACUCCUCAACCACAGCACCCCGCCAAGAUUCUAUACAAGCUCCUUGAUUUGAGACAGUUACAAUCGUGUGCUUGAUACCAUGUUUAAGUGUAUAUCUUCCUUUCUUCUCUCACCUCAUGAUGAUGGGAAUUAAGCCAGCCUUUUAUGCUUCCGUACUAACAGAAUCAGUGUAUAUUCAUUCUUCUGAUAAAUUUCUUAC